AAUUUCGUGAGCGCGCUUUAAACAACAGGGGCACGGUUACGGAGGAGUGCCGCUUCGAACUAAGCUGUUUAUUCCAUUGAAACGACACCAAUUGUCGAUAGGGUUAACUGUAGGUCAAACGUCAGUGUAUCGACGUAUUAAAAAGAGAUAGAAAGAAAACAAGGACGAACACAAACACACAUACACUGGAUAUCUUCGUCUGACAUAAAGAAUGACUCCGUGUAAAAGUUUCAGAACCAUUUUAUGUAUACUAUGAAGACUGUUGUGUGUGAAAUUGCCAUUAGAUGCCAUGUGAUGUACUCAAAUCAGCCCAUCUGGUAUCAACAACUAUUCAAUGGUUAAAGUUACAGAGAUCACAUUUCCCCCCAUUCUGAUGUUUGAUGUGAACAUUUACUGAAGAAGUCUUCCAAAGAUGAGUUUGCAGGUCUGGAGAGAAUGCUUCCAAAACUUUGACCCCUGGUCUUGACGAAAGGGAUGGCUGAUCGCAUUGACCUUGCAGUUGCCCCUGGUCAGCGGUACAUUGAGGUGGAGUACGACUAUGAGUACAAGUCCAAAGACCGUAUGAUCACCAUCAAGCAAGGUGAAUGUUUCCUGCUUGUAAAAAAGGCCAAUGAAGACUGGUGGCAGGUUCGUAAAGAGGAGAACAGUAAACCUUUUUAUGUACCUGCCCAGUAUGUCCGGGAAGUGCGGCGAGCCCUCAUGCCACCCACCAAACCUCUUCCAAACACUGGAGGUGGGUUUGGAACAAGAGGUGGAUCUGAGAAAAAAGGUCAAACUGUGCUGGAUAUCAAACAGACUGAUGAAAGUUUGAACAAGCAAUGUCCUGCUCAGUCCACCUAUGCUGGAUAUUCGGUGGCAUUGCAGGCACCCACAGAGGACAAAGCCAGUCCAAAAAGCCCCAGGAGGCAAGUGCAACUCCGGGAACCACUGGAUUUGGAUAGAGAGACUGAUAGGGGAGAGAGGAUAGAAGAGGCAACAACAGGUUUUGGAGAGAGGGAAAGAAAGGGAGAAGGAGGAGGGAAUAGGAAGAGGGAAGAAGAGUGGACAGGGGAUAAAGAGAGGAAAAGAGAUCUUGGUGGGGCCAGAGUUAUCGAGAGGAAGAGAGAAGUAGACAUAGAAGAGGAUAAAUUAAGGGAACAAAAAAGGGAAGAAAAGUUUGAUAGAGAUGGAGAGAAAGUAGGGGAUGGACAGCGAGCUAGGAGGAAAGAGAGAGCAGACAAUAGAGAAAAGGGGAGAAAGGGAGAAGCAGUGCAACAUAAGACUGCUGGACCUGAAGGAUCUCCCAGAGAGGCAGCAGAGAAAAAUCGGAGCGAUUUGGACUCUGGGGAUGAGCUCAGCAGCAGUUCGGCUGAGCAGCUUCAGGGAAGGCCUGACUCACCUGUCUACACUAACCUGCAGGAUUUAAAGAUAUCUCAGUCAUCUCUGCCUCCACUGCCCUCAUCCUCCCCAAUUACUACACAUGCAGAAUGGGACACUUACAAGGAUGCAAAUGGUAGGCACUUCUACUGCAACCGCACCACACAGGAGCGUACAUGGAAACCACCACGAUUACGAGACAGCAUUGGGAAGAGGGAUGAGAAACAUGUCACUGCUUCAACAGAGACUGAGGGGAGUGGAACUAUGGCCAAAACGUGCAGUUUGGACCGAAGACAGCCAGCUCCCACAAUGGCAAAAUGGAGGAAUAGUACAUAUAUGUUAGAGACUAACAAUAAGGAACCUUCAAAAGCAGGAACCCCAGAUACAGAAUUGUCUGACCUUUCCUCACUCAAGCGUCCUUAUUUCACCUUUGAAAAAUCUGGAGCCCUGAAUGUAACCAAGAUCACUGAACAUGGCAAGAAAGUUCGUAAGAACUGGACUUCAUCUUGGGCAGUUUUGCAAGGGUCUCAAUUUAUAUUUGCCAAAAGUCAGGCAAUGGCCACCAGUUGGUUUGGAAGCCACCAAUCCAAGCCAGAAUUCAGUGUAGAUCUAAAGGGAGCAACUGUAGAGAAAGCAUCCAAAGAGAAAUCCAGCAAGAAACAUGUUUUAGAGGUGAAGACUCAAGGUGGUACUGAGCUCCUUAUACAAUCAGAUAGUGAGAGCAUUAUUAAUGAAUGGUUCAAAGCACUAAAUGAAGCCAUCAGUGUACACGCUUGUGAGUCUGAUGAGGCUAUUGAAGAAGACAUGCCAGAAUCUCCAGGACUAGAGAAACACGAGAAAGAGAACCCUGUUGACCAACAAAAGAAGACCAAAACAAGGUUGAGGAAAUUUCUUAUACGUAGACCCUCUUUGCAAGCUGUUAAAGACAAGGGUUACAUCAAAGAUCUGGUGUUUGGCUGUAAUCUGAGCAGUCUCUGUCAGAGGGAGAACACUACUGUCCCUCACUUUGUCAGGAUGUGUAUUGACUACAUAGAAAAGGAAGGUCUGGAUAUGGAUGGUCUCUAUAGAGUGAGUGGGAAUCUGGCAGUCAUACAAAAGCUAAGAUUUGCUGUUAAUCAUGAUGAGAAGAUAAAUUUGGCAGAUAGUAAAUGGGACGACAAUCAUGUGGCUACCGGAGCCCUGAAGAUGUUUUUCCGAGAGCUUCCAGAACCACUCUUCACUUACACCUACUUCAAUGACUUUUUCAGUGCCAUCAAAAUCACAGACUAUAAACAAAAAGUACAGGCCAUCAAAGAUCUAGUGAAGCAGCUGCCUCAGCCCAACCAUGAUACAAUGCAGGAACUUUUUAAACACCUGAGAAAAGUAAUAGAUCAUGGUGAGCAGAAUAGGAUGACCACGCAAAGUGUGGCAAUCGUGUUUGGCCCAACUCUGUUACGUCCUGAGAUUGAGAACAUACAAAUGGCAGUUCAUAUGGUUUACCAAAACCAAAUUGUUGAGCUCAUUCUACAUGAGUAUGAGGCCAUAUUCGGUACGUAAUCUGUGAUGUAUCUUUCCCCACCUAAAAAGUAUGUAAGGAUAUCUUCUGUAAAGAUAUCCAUAGAUUAAAACUGUAUUAACAUGCCUAAACAUUCAGGGUCCAUUUGUAAAGUAUGUUAAAUCAAUUCUUUAAUUAUUCUUUAUACUUUUUUUUUCCAUUUAAUUUUACAAGAUUUCUUUUAUAGAGUGAUUCUACUUUAUUAGUCAUUUCUUUCUCGAUAGUAGCUCUUUCUGGACCUUAUAUUAUACACUUGGAUCAUAUAUAUUCCAUAACUUAAGCAACUUAAUUAAGCCUCCUGAUUGCCAUAAAAAAAUGAUCAAAAAUGUGCUAUGGCAAAACCAUAUAUGGUGACAACUGCAAUAACAGCCUUCAGUUGCAGAAUUUAUCAUUUAUCAUUUAUCAUCACUAAGCUUGUAUCUUAAGGCUUUAUGAUGUAAAUAUGAUAUGUAGGGUAUAUGUCCAUUUGUGUGCGCACAAGUGUGUAUGUAUAUCUUUCUGUGAUCUUGCCCUUAUUCAUUACAAUAUCCUACACACUGAAUAUUCCUAUACACUGAAUGAUAUGCAGCCUCUGUAUCAUUGUCCUGAUAUCAAAUAGAACCUCAUCCUCGGAGAUAUAACAGAAUAAUAUGGGUGUAAAAUAAAGCCUUUAAAAACGCAAUACACCGAAUUUUUUAUAUAGAUAUUUUGCAACUGUUGGUAAUUAGGAAUGUCUUAAUGUUUUGAUUAACGUAAAGUACAAUACCUAUGUUUUAAUAUUUAAACCGUAAAAAGCAAUUAAUAAGCUGCAAAAGAAUGUUCGUUGUGUAAAGCAAGGGGUUAUGAUGUUUAAAGGCAUCGAGAGAGCAUAGCUUUUUUCUUUUGCAUCACUUUAUCUACAUUAAAUUGCCAUAAAAAUGGAAAUUUUGUAAAAUGUAGUGUAAGUAGCUUUGGAAUUUGAAUAAAACUGAGAGGGUAGAAA